CUCCCCCGUGUGAUUUCUCUGGUGCGAAAGAAAGUGUCCUUUCUGAGUGAAACAUUUCCCACACUCUGAACAUGAAAAAGGACGCUGACCUGUGUGAAUUCUCUGGUGCAGGAGAAGGUUUCCUUUAUCGGCAAAACACUUCCCACACACUGAACAUGAAUAGGGACGUUCACCCGUGUGAGUUCUUUCAUGUAUGUCAAGUGAUUUCUUAACAGUAAAACCCUUCCCACACUCUGAACAUGAGAAAGGACGCUCGCCCGUGUGGAGUCUCUUGUGUCUAACAAGGUUUCCCUUUAAAGUGAAAGAUUUCCCGCACUCUGAACAGGAGAAAGGACGCUCACUUUUGUGAAUUCUUUGGUGUAUCAGAAGGUAUCUGUUUUCAGUGAA